AUCACUUCCGGCUUGGCAGUGGCGGGGCGGAUGGAGGUCCUCGACGGACGGCAGCGCAGCUGGCGCCCGACUUUGUGGAUGGAGUUGGCGAGCUGCUCGCAUGGAGCCGGACGCCUCCCGAGAGCCGGCCGCCACCUGGUAGCGCGGUAGACCAGCGCGGGCACGCCAGUGGAGGAAAAGACGCUUGUUGUUGUUGUUUGCGCGACACUUUUUCGCCUUCCGUGCGAGCGAGCGUCAACAAGUUAAGAGAGCGUCCCGUCCCGUCCCGUCCCGUCUCGUCGUCCCUUCCCCUGGCCGCCCCGCCCCCUUCCAACAGCCUCAAAGUCGCAGAGUAGCUUUUUAGUCGAAUUAAGUCCGUAUCGGAUGAAUCAGCUCGUAAGGUGGGAUUGGCCCCCGGAUGGACCGGCCCGCGUUUGAAGGGGACGCGUCGUGAUGUCCGGCCAGCCUUCGGGACCCUCGGCCCGGCCGUCUGCCCUAAAGCGCGACGCCCGGCAGCCAUGAGCGGCGGAAAUCGCUUUCACGUCCAGCAAGCUUCCAGCGACGCCGGCCCACAAAAGAGCCGGAGCGGCCCAGCCAUCCCCCACGGGGGCGCCUACUGCCGUGCGCUGCCUGGAAUGCCCUACAGCCCAGCCAGCCCUCAGACCAGCCCUGGCCGGACGGCGCCUCAGACGUUUGUCUUCCCGCUCACGCCCGGCCCCAGCCCUGGCGCUCGCCCUCCGUCGCCGCGGUGCCGGGAGCUCCUCGGAGUGGACGUGGGCCGACGGGUCCGACGACUCAGCUCGCCCGGCACCGGCGAGGAAGAGGAGGACUUGUUGGCGGGAGGAGGAGGAGGAGGAGGAGAGAAGCAAGAGGAGCGGAGACGCCAAGCCCAGCUGCUGCAGAUUAACAAAGAGCUGCAGAACGUGGAGGUGAAAGGAAAAGUGGGCAUUUUCGAGGCGCACAUUUCCGGGAUUCGUGCCCAGGUGCUCGCCGGCGAGCUCCAGCGCAGCCCUCGGUGUCCCAGGCGAGCGACGGGGCAAGUCCCGCCCCCUGCCGGCCGUGGCGGGGUAGCCCUGCAAUGCUCAGUGACCCGGGGCCGCCAGAGUCAAGUUCCUCCCGUUCUCCAAAAUGGGAGAAAAGGCCAGGGUGAAGAGAGCCAGCGGGAAGAAAGCGGCGCCGACGACAGCGCAGAGACAUUGUUUGUUGACAGCGGCUCGCAACCAAAAUCGGACGGAGCGCUCCUCGUCCCGGCUGCCCCGCAGACCUCGCGAGCGCCCUCGGCCCAAGAUGGAGGGAUAAAGGAGGUCGGCGGCGGGUCGAGGGAAAACAAACAAACGCCGGGCGGCGACGGAGGAGGUUCAAAGACGGGAGAGCUGAGCGCCAGACAGCGGUCGGGUCCCGAGGCGCCGCUACAGUCGACGUGCACGGCAACCGACAUGUGGGACGCUCGGCCGCUGGAGCCCCGGGGCCCCCGCCCGGCCGUGCUUCCUUCCAUCCCCGCCGUGGUCAUCACCGACCACGGGCCGGAAAGCCAAGCUCCGACCCCCGCCGGGGUGGCCCUGAGGAAGCUGUCUUCCUCCUCGGCCUCCUCGGCCGGCUUCUCCUCGUCCUGGGAAGAGUCGGAAGAGGAGCUUUCCGACACGGAGAGAGGCGGGCACCUUCUCACGCCGGCGCAGCUCAGCUCUCGGCAGAAAGCGCGCAAGUCAUGGAGGAAAAUCAAGAACAUGGUCCACUGGUCGCCGUUCGUCAUGUCCUUCAAGAAGAAAUAUCCCUGGAUACAACUGGCGGGCCACGCUGGGAGCUUCAAGGCGGGAGCCAACGGCCGCAUCUUAAAGAAACACUGCGAGUGCGAGCAGCGCUGUCUGUCCCUGCUGAUGCGGGACGUGCUGUGUCCGUACGUGCCCGGUUACCACGGCGACGUGGAAAAGGACGGACAGAAGUACAAUCAGAUGGAGGACUUGCUGGCCGACUUUGACUCCCCGUGCGUGAUGGACUGCAAGAUGGGGGUGAGGACGUAUCUGGAGGAGGAGCUAACCAAGGCCCGCAAGAAGCCCACGCCGCGACCGGACAUGUACCAAAAGAUGGUGGAGGUGGACCCUGAGGCGCCGACGGCCGAGGAGAACCUGCAGAAGGCGGUCACCAAGCCCCGCUACAUGCAGUGGCGCGAAACCAUCAGCUCUACCGCCACGCUGGGCUUCCGCAUCGAAGGCGUCAAGAAGGAGGACGGCAUUGUCAACAGAGACUUUAAGAGGACAAAAACGCGCGAGCAAGUCAUGGCGGCCUUCCACGAGUUUGUCAAAGGCAACAAGGACAUUCUGAACGGCUACCUGGCCAGGCUGAAGGAAAUCAGAAGCACCCUGGAGAUGUCGCCCUUUUUCAAAAGUCACGAGGUGAUCGGCAGCUCCCUGCUCUUCGUCCACGACACCAGAGGCGGGGCCAAAGUGUGGAUGAUCGACUUUGGCAAAACCACGCCGCUCCCCGAGGGCGAGCGGCUCGACCACCGAGCGUCCUGGCAGGAAGGCAACCGGGAGGACGGCUACCUUUGCGGACUGGACUCUCUGGUGGACAUCAUUUGUGCCCUUUUGGACUCUGAAACAUGAGCGCUUUUAUCCAUAUUGUAGUUAUUAUUUCAUCCCAUCUAAAACAAGUCCCCCUUUCAUGUGCAGCUUGCUUCAAAUUGCUGCGGUCGAACGAAUUCGGUCGCAGGAGCAGUCAGGGACACACUGAAAAGAAAACGAUUACAAUUCGUCCUUUCGAAAGAAGCGUCAUAGUCGUCAUGUUUUCUUUGUAUUGUUUUUCUUCUUUAGUGUGUUCCUGAUUAUCUCCCAAUUUCUUAAGUCACCCCUGUUCACGUAGUUCACAACUUUGGCGCCCUCCAGUGGAAGGACUAGGAAGAAGAAUGCAAAUGGUGCCUUCAAAACACAAAACGAAGGCUCAAAACGUCUUUGGAUUUCCCGUUCGAGUUUUUGCUAUUAUAGUGUCAACAAUAUUCUAGUGCCACCCCAUUUGGGAAAUGCUUUGCUAUUUUGGGAGAGUUCGAUAAGUGUGUUUGGUUUGGCUUGGAUCCUACGUCUAAGGUUUGGGAGUUAAAUGAGCAUUCUUGCGAAAGGCCGUGCAUCCCUGUCCUGUUCACCACGGUAGGCCGUGGCUGCCGAACACUCCUACUGAGCAACCUUAUUUCCACGGCGGUGCCUUGACUCUCCUCCCCAUCUCACUUCACCACACACUUCUUAUUUCUCUCUGCAGUCUUAAAGAAGUGCAUGUUAACUUCUUAACCUUGUUCGUCUCUAUUUAUAAUACAGUCUAUUUUGUUCUAGCGUCUA